AUGGAUCGAGCUAAAAAAGUAGUGAACGAAAAACACGAGCGUAUCCUGCUCGAAAUGACAAAACAGCCUGGAAACGAUACUUGUGCAGACUGUGGUGUAAAAGGACCUCGAUGGGCUUCUCAUAAUCUUGGCUUAUUUCUUUGCAUACGUUGUGGUGGUUUACAUCGUAAAAUGGGUACCCAUAUUUCCAAAGUCAAAUCAAUAUCUUUAGAUUCUUGGACAUCAGAACAAAUCGAGAAUAUGCGACAAUGGGGAAAUUUGAAAGCUAAUGCCAAAUGGAAUCCUCGUCCAGAAUUUCAUCCUGUGCCAGUUAAUGCUUCUGAUAGCGAAAUGGAAAGGUACAUACGAAACAAAUACGAAAAGCAAAUUUAUCGUGAAAAUCCUGAUAAGCAAUCAACACAUCUUUCGUCUGUUGCUCCUCCGUCAACACCUCCACGUCGUCCAACGAACAAUUCCAUCUUAAAAUAUAAUAAUGAACGUAGGAAUCAUGAUCUCGCGCUGCGCCAACUCAAAGAGAUGGGAUUCGAUGAUAAUACUCGAAAUCGCGAAGUUUUAGAUACUACUAAUGGGGAUCUUGGUGCAACUAUUGAAAUUCUCUGUAAACUUUCUAAGAGAUCAGCUAAUGAUAAACUAACUCAAUUAUGGAAUUUGGGUUUUCAAGAUGAAACAAAGAAUCGUGAUGCUCUUCGACACACUGGUGGUAAUGUUGAAGUAGCUGCUGCACUAUUAUUGGAAGCUCGUAAUCCAGUGAACAAUAAUUCUAGUAAAGUCAAUAUUGCAAGUCACAAUCCUAUAGCCACUUCCCAAACAGAGAAACAACGAAUGCACGUUAAAUUACCAGUUUCACAACCCAGUCAAUCACUUUUAGACUCACCAUCCUCGCAACAAAUCUCAUUUCAACAGUCACAAAUAACCGCUCAAAAUUCAUCUCAAAACCUUUGGAAUUCGUUUGGAUCUCAAGGAACCGGUUUGUUAAACUUAUUGUCCCCUCUCUUUAUUUUAGUUCUAAGCUCAUUAAUAAUUUGUUUUUAUGAUUCAAAGAAUGCGAUUCUAUCGUUAUAUAGUACGCCUCAAAAAUCACCAUCUAAUGUAUUUAGUUCAAUGAACAAUGGAACGCAAUUAAGACCAGUCAGUUCCGGAUUUGGGCAAAAUCAAAAUCAAUUUAGUCAGGUUAAUCAGUUUACUCAACAAAAUUUAACAGAUAUAGGAGGAAACGGUUUUAAUUCCAACAAACCCUUUGGAAAUAUGGGACCUCCUAUAUCUGGUUCAAACGGGAUGAAUGGAAUGGGAAAUCCUGAUUUACUCGGAAUAAAUUUUAACACAAAUAAUUCUAAUACACACAAUAAUGUAUUAACAACUAAUGGUAACUCGUAUGGUGGAAUUAUGCAACAACAAAAUUCAAUGAUUACACCUAGAAUGAUGCCAGAUCGACAAAAUUCUUUACCAAAUUUUGGAAACGUGUCUACUUUUACCAAUAAUACACCGGGAUUUGGUGGCGAAUUUGGACAGUUGCAGCAACAGGUUACAACUUCUAAUUUUGCAAUGCAACAGCAAAGAACAUCAUCAGAGUAA